AUGCCAGGAAGCGGUGUAGAAUGGGAGAAGCCUUCACUCAUCUUUAUCACAACAGUCAAGAGCGACCAGGUGCAGGGCAACACAGUUGAGUGCACCGUGGAUAUCCGCAGCACAGCGCUUGUGCAGCGGUCGCAGGUCUACUUCAGUGUUCGAGCAAGAUACUUGAGCCUGCCUGGCGAAACAAGCUUCAGUCCGAAGCUGCUUUGGUCAGCUGCACCGGUGCUGAUACCAGAGCUGGUUCCGAUGCUGACUGCACCAUUGGCACUGCCCAGUGCGGAGUUCAUGCCCUCCAACCAGGCAUUGAUCCAAGGAGGAAUGGGGGCAGUGAUGGUGCAGUGGCCAUUUCGACAUCCUGCGAACUUCUGUGGCGUGGAUGAGAGUGGUGAUUGGAUCAAAGGGCCUUACACACCCGGCACGCCUCCUGAUGACUUUCCUCUACCUUUCCGGGUUCAGUUUCGCUGUGUUGACUCCGCUCCAGUUCGCCGCGAUAUGUCUGAGUCUUUGAGGUGGUCUGAAUGGAGGGAGGCGGAGGCGUACGAGUUCGUCAAGCGGCGUCAACCAAACAGACAUCGCUCUCAACGCGCGUCGAUCCGUAGAACCUUGGCCAAGUCAGCAUCAUGCAGCGGCGCUCCCUCCCUAUCUUUUUUGUGGUAUGCUUUGUGUCGAGCUGAGGAUUGA